AUGGCAACCGAACUCCCCACGACCAACGGCCACGGUGCUCAGGAUGGUGAGAACAACUUCGCCGUCAAGGCUGGAUUGGCAAGGAUGUUGAAGGGUGGUGUCAUCAUGGAUGUUAUCAACGCCGAGCAAGUGAGUUUGGAGUCAUUCUUUGCCCUCACGAUAGCAGAAGAAGCAGGCGCCUGCGCCGUCAUGGCCCUCGAACGUGUUCCCGCCGACAUUCGAUCACAGGGCGGCGUAGCCCGUAUGAGCGACCCCCAGAUGAUCAAAGAGAUCAUGGACACCGUCACGAUCCCCGUCAUGGCCAAAGCCCGAAUUGGCCAUUUCGUCGAAUGCCAGAUCCUCGAAGCCCUCGGCGUCGACUACAUCGACGAAUCCGAAGUCCUGACCCCGGCCGACGCCAUCCACCACGUCUCCAAACACCCCUUCCGCAUCCCCUUCGUCUGCGGGUGCCGCGGGCUCGGAGAAGCCCUGCGCCGCAUUUCCGAGGGCGCGGCCAUGAUCCGCACAAAAGGCGAAGCCGGCACCGGCGACGUCAUCGAAGCCGUGCGCCACAUGCGCACCGUCAACUCUGAGAUUGCGCGCGCAAAGGGCAUGAGCGACGAGGAGCUGCGCGUGUACGCAAAGGACCUACAAGUCGACUUCGCGCUGCUCAAGGAGACGGCGAAGCUGGGUCGUCUGCCCGUCGUCAACUUCGCGGCGGGCGGUGUCGCGACGCCCGCGGACGCGGCGCUCAUGAUGCAGCUGGGGUGCGACGGCGUGUUUGUCGGCAGUGGGAUUUUCAAGUCCGGCGACGCGGCGAAGAGGGCGAAGGCAAUCGUGCAGGCGGUCACGCACUACAAAGACCCGAAGGUGUUGAUGGAGGUGAGCAUGGAUCUAGGUGAGGCAAUGGUGGGGAUCAACUGUGGGCAUUUGAGUGAGCCGGAGAAGCUGGCCAAGAGGGGCUGGUAG